UAGAAACAACAAGAACAGUUACAGAAAUGGACUGCCAUUUUUCUGUCUGGGGAGUUUUGGCCUUUCUGAGUUUGGCUCUGGUUGUUUCGUUGAUACUGAACAUUUCACACUAUAUGAAAAAGAAGCAAGAGGCUAAAAUGUAUAAAGACUAUGAAGACAACAGUCCAAGCUAUGAUGACUAUUACACAGAAGAUGACCCAGUUUAUGGCAAUCUCAGUCAAGAUAUUUUAGAGGAAUGUUGUUACGAGCAGAUGAAGUCCCAGCCUCAAAGGCCAGUUAACCAACUACAGGUGGAGUCUGCCAAUCAGAUGUGUUAUGCCUCACUUGAUCACAGUGUCAAGGGAAAACGCAGAAAACCAAGGAGAAAGAAAGACCCUUCAUUAGACGAGGAUGAAGAAGAAAGAUCAUCUAACCCCACCGUGACGGCUUCCAAAGUUAGCAUUUACCUCAAUAGUGAGCAGCUGGCUGCUGAAAACACAGCAAGCGUAGAAGCCAUUCAUGAUGAUCCCAUCAGAUUAAUGGGUUUGAUUCAUACUACAAAAGGAGAGAACAUCUGA